AUGGCAAAACGAAGUCAACCAACAUGGUCUUGUGGCAAGAUGUCUGAUACACCUCACUUAAAGUUAUUCAACAGCUUGACGAGAAAGAAAGAAAUAUUCAUACCAAAAAAUGGGAAUAAAGUGCAUUGGUAUAGCUGUGGGCCUACAGUGUAUGACGCUUCACACAUGGGACAUGCACGGAGUUACAUUACGUUUGAUAUACUACGUAGAGUAUUGAAGGAUUACUUUCAUUAUGACGUUGAAUAUGUCAUGAAUAUCACAGAUAUCGAUGACAAAAUAAUCAAACGAGCACGACAAUUACAUUUGUUUGAAGAGUAUGUAAAGACAGCUACCGAUAAACAAAUUGUGCAAAAAGAUAUUAUUCUGGCUCUAGGUGACCUAAAAAAAGACGUUGAACAGAUGGACCCUGACAAAAAAGUUAUGACAUUAAAAGCUAUAGAGAAAUUGACCUCUAUUUCUCAACUAAUUGAGGGAUUAUCGUUGGAUGAUACAAAAUUGGCCUUAAAUGAAAUCAAAGAUCCAUUAGGUGCAUAUUUAGACACAUUAAAUAGUGAAGAUGUUCCUGAUAACAGUAUAUUUGAAUCUCUACCAAGAUUCUGGGAAUCAAAUUUCCACUCAAAUAUGACUUCUUUAAAUAUCUUACCACCGGAUAAACUUUCUAGGGUGAGUGAGUAUAUUCCUGAAACCAUAGCUUACAUAGAAACAAUAAUAAAAAAUGGUUAUGCUUAUGAAUCUAAUGGUUCAGUAUAUUUUGAUGUUGCCGCAUUUGAUUCUAAACCUAUUCACCAUUAUGCUAAGUUAGUUCCAGAAGCAUAUGGAGAUUCAAAAUCACUUCAAGAUGGAGAGGGUGAUUUAACAACUAGUGCAGUUAAUGAAAAACGUUCUCCAAACGAUUUUGCGCUUUGGAAAAAAUCAAAAAAAGGUGAACCGUGGUGGGACUCUUCUUGGGGAAAAGGGAGACCUGGCUGGCAUAUUGAAUGCUCUGUUAUGGCUUCCUGUAUAUUAGGCCAAACAUUAGAUAUUCAUACCGGUGGCAUUGAUCUAAAAUUUCCACAUCACGAUAAUGAAAUUGCUCAAGCUGAAGCCUAUUAUAACAAUGAAGAAUGGGUUCGGUACUUUUUGCAUUCGGGUCAUUUAACAAUUUCUGGAUGUAAAAUGUCAAAGUCUCUGAAAAACUUUAUUACUAUUGAAGAUGCUCUCAAAAAUAAUACAUCAAGACAAUUGAGACUUGCCUUUUUGUUACAUUCAUGGAAGGACACUUUAGAUUAUAGCGAAAGCACUAUGGAGUCAGCGAUGGCUUGUGAAAAACUUCUCAAUGAAUUCUUUUUAAAUGUAAAAAAUGUAACUAGAAGAAAUGAUGUUGAUAAAUUAGCUAUUGGAUAUUCCAAGUGGUUAGCUUCUGAAAUAGAAUUGAGCAAGAAGUUUAGUUUAUGUAAAUUAAAUGUUCAUGCAGCGUUGUGUGAUAAUAUUGACACAAAGGCAGUAUUAGAAGCAAUCAGAGAAUGUAUAUCAGCCUGUAAUGUAUAUUUAAGAGACUGCAAUUCUUCUGCUAUAAAUCAUACCUUACUGUUGGACAUAGCUAAGUACAUCACAGAGAUAUUGAAAGUAUUUGGCAUUAAAACAGCUGAUGAAAUUGGAUUCCCAGUAAGCGAAGGGAAUUCUUCAAACGAUGUUGAAACUAUUGUCACUCCAUACCUGAAUAUUUUAUCAGAUUUUCGUGACUCUGUUCGUGCUAUUGCUCGUUCAAUAGGUUCUAAAGAUAUACUAAUAUUGUGUGAUAAACUCAGAGAUGAAACCCUGCCUGAUAAUGGAGUUCGUUUAGAAGAUGCUGAUGGAAAACCUACUGCCAUUAAAUUUGUGGGACGAGAAGCAAUUUUACGUGAAAAAAAAGCAAAAGCUAAAGCAGAAGCAGAUAAACUUGCUGAAAAGGAAAAAAAGAAAAAAGAACAAGAUCAAGCACGGGCAAAAAAAGAAGAACUUAAAAAAAUACAUCCUAAGGAUUUGUUUAAAUUAGAAACUGACAAAUAUUCAGAAUUUGACGAAAACGGUCUACCAACCAUUGACAGUCAAGGUAACAAAAUUAGUAAAGGAUUGACCAAGAAGUUACAGAAAAUUCAAUCAACUCACGCAGCACAACACAAGGAGUAUUUAGAAAGUAUUGACAAAAUUUGA